UCCCGCCCGCCCGUGUCACGUGACGGGGGCGCACUGUGGCCUCAGCGGCCGCCAUGUUGUUGCGGGGCCCCGGGCCGGGCCGGGCAUGGCGACGUCCAACAGCAACUGGCUCUCCGGGGUCAACGUGGUGCUGGUGAUGGCCUACGGGAGCCUGGUGUUUGUGCUGCUGUUCAUCUUUGUGAAAAGACAGAUAAUGCGCUUCGCCAUGAAGUCCCGCCGGGGGCCCCAUGUGCCAGUUGGACAACAUGCCCCCAAGGACCUGAAAGAGGAAAUUGAUGUUCGCCUCUCAAGGGUACAGGACAUUAAGUAUGAACCCCGACUGCUAGCUGAAGAUGAUGCCAGGCUCCUGCAGCUAGAGACACCAGGAAGCCAAUGUUGCUAUAACUACUUGUACAGAAUGAAGGCACUGGAUGCAAUCAGAGCUUCUGAGAUCCCAUUUUAUGUAGAAGGCCGACACCCCCAGUCCUUAAUGGGAAAGAAUUUCCAUGCCUACCUGUUGGAGCUGAGAAAUUCCAGCACUCCAUUCAGAGGCAUCCGCAAAACCUUGAUUGACACCCUCCUGGAUGGGUAUGACACUGCACGCUAUGGGACAGGGGUCUUUGGGAAGACGGAAUAUCUGAAGUACCAGGGUGCCCUGACUGAGCUCGCGAACAUUAUCAAAGCGCGAGGAGGCAGCAGCCAGAGGCAGCACCAGUCGGCAGCGAAGGACCUCACGCUCUCGCCUGAUGUCUCCAACCCAGCCACCAUCCAGGUCACCUACCUGCCUUCCAGCCAGAAGAGCAAACGUGCCAAACACUUCCUGGAGCUGAAGAGCUUCAAGGACAACUACAACACGCUGGAGAGCACCCUGUGAGCUGCGGCAGGAGCGCUGCUCCUGGGACCUGCCACUGAGAGCCCCUUGCUGGGUGGGGCAAGUCAGAAGGGGCGUUUGGCAACAGUCCGUGUCCAGGCGGCAGCUGGAAGGCGGGAAGUCACUGGGCUCAUGGGUCACUCUCUGCUGCAUGGAGUUGGAUUUAACAGCGACAUCAUGGCUGGGGAUACCUGGCCUCUGGGCAGGAGGCAGGAGGCCCUUUCCAAAGCUUGUACUGGCUGCAGAACAGGGACCUGACCAGCAGCCGGCAUGGGCCUUGUAGUUUGGCUCUGAAGAGAUUCCAGACGCAAUCCCAUUUUAGUGGCUAGUGUCUCUCUGGAGCCCCUAGCCCUGUGAACAGAACAUUUGAGUAGCUUCAGCGUAUUUAUAAAAGACACUGCUCCAGGGCAGUGCUCCUGCACCUCUCUGUACUGACUGUGCUGGCUCCAUUCACUCCACCGACUCUCCAUCACUCCCAGCGAUGGCUCGGGGGCUGAGGCCAGGGGUGGUUUCCGGCUUCCUCGCUGGAGCCACUGGCUGGGUAAAUUUCCAAAGGGUAAAUGCCUGGGGCGGGGGGAAGUGUUGGUUCCCUCUGAUGCAAGCAGGGCCUGUGGUUCCAUCCGCCCACUCCUUGUCAGCCUGUUGUGCUUGAAUUGCCCUUUAGACCUGGGGGGGGGGGGGGUUGAUAUCUUGAGCCUGGUUAAACCCCACCCCCCCCACAGUAAAUGGCUCAGUGUCCUGCUCUUGGGGGGUGAGGAUGCUGCUGCUCACUGUCUCUUCCACAUGCCCCAGCUGGGCGAAAACCUUCCCUGUUCCCUCCUGCUCUCACCAGCGCGUCAUGCCAUUCACCAUGGACUCCUGCAGGCCGCCUGGGGAAGGGGCAGCAGCACAGCCUCUGGUGAAAGCUCCCAGGCUGACGGCAGUCCCCAUGCAAGCUGAGUGCACUGGGUGCCAGUCACCCGGGCUUGGCAGACACCAGCUCUGGGCUGGAGGAGGUGCCCCUGGCAGCCAGGCCUGCUCUCUCUUUUUAAAUUGCUGUUUAAUAAAAGGAACGUUCCCGUGUGGCCGACAUGCACCGUUGCUCUUCGAUGGCAGGGAGCCCCUGCUCUGAUCCUCCCGUCAGCUCUAGGACUGCACCUUGGCCCAGCCGCUGUGGGGGGAAGUGUCUGAUCCCAGGGCGGAGGUGGCUGGUGCAGUUGCCUGGGCUCUCCAGGGAGUGGGUGUGGGGGCUUCCGAGAAAGGUCCCUGCACUGAGCAGCUUCCUGCAUCACCUGGCCAAGAACAGCUGGGAGCCCCCAAGGCUCUGCUGCCUGCCUGCUUCCGCUGCAGCUCCUCCUCCCCUUGCCAGGAAUGUGGGCCCGUCCC